CCGCGGGCCUGGCCGGGUGGACCAGCAGCGUCUGCGCAGCGCCCUUGCUGACGUCGGGGUCCGGGCCGCGGGGGAGCAGCUUCUGGGGGGGCCUAGAAGCUACUCUGUAGCGCAAACCAGCCUUUAGCUGCUCACCGGUGCCAAGUGGGGUUCCCGGUGCCGGCCUGCGGAGGACUGAGGCCGCCUGGAGUCCUCCUCUUUUUCCUCUUUGCUUCUUAGGGGUUUGUUUAUUUAUGCACACAAGAGCCGGGGUGCAGGCCAGAGAUGCAGGGGGUGAGAGGACUCCCCAGAGACAGAGUGGGGCGCAGAACAGGCAGAUCCACUGAAACACACUGCUGAGGGGAGCAGGGGGAGACGGGAGAGUCUGCUGCGCCCUGUGGGUAGCUUCUUGGCCGGGGAUGGAACUUGUGCUGCAGCCUGACCCGGGGAGGGGGUCGGCCCUGCCCCUGGGCAAGCGCGGCCUGCAGUGGAGACACCUGUGCGGAGCCCAAGGCCCAGGCAGCAGUGCACGCAGCUGGUAGCGGGGAGCCAGCCACCUGGGGUUGGCCUCAGGAAGUGCCCACCCCCCCCCCACCCCAGAAGCAGCCAGGUGCGGGCACUGCCAGCGGCUGCAGCCGACGUGGAAUGAGCUGGGCGACAAGUACAACAGCAUGGCCGACGCCAGGGUCUACGUGGCCAAGGUGGACUGUGUGGCUGACUCAGACGUGUGCUCUGCCCAGGGCGUGCGAGGCUACCCCACCCUGAAGUUUUUCAAGCCCGGCCAAGAGGCCGUCAAGUACCAGGGCCCGCGGGACCUGCAGACGCUGGAGAGCUGGAUGCUGCGGACGCUGGACCAGGGCCAGGAGGAACCGACGCCGCAGCCGGAGGAGGCGGAGGCCCCACGGGCGCCCGAGCGCAGGCAGGGGCUGUACGAGCUCUCGGCGGGCAACUUCCAGCCGCACGUGGCGCAAGGCAACCACUUCAUCAAGUUCUUCGCCCCUUGGUGCGGCCACUGCAAAGCUCUGUCCCCGACUUGGGAGCAGCUGGCUCUGGGCCUCGAGCACUCCGAGGCGGUCAGCAUCGGCAAGGUGGACUGCACGCAGCAGCACGAGCUCUGCUCCGGCCAGCAGGUGCGCGGCUACCCCACGCUGCUCUGGUUCCGGGACGGCAGGAAGGUGGACCAGUACAAGGGCAAGCGGGACCUGGAGUCGCUGCGGGAGUACGUGGAGGCGCAGCUGCGGAGCGCGGACGGGGGCGCCCCCGAGAGCGGGCAGCCGGCGGAGGCCCCGGUGCUGGGCUCCACGCCCCCCGCCGGCCAGGGUGCCGUGCUGGCCCUGACGGACGGCGACUUCGAGGACACCGUCGCCGAGGGCAUCACCUUCGUCAAGUUCUACGCCCCCUGGUGUGGCCACUGCAAGAACCUGGCGCCCACGUGGGAGGAGCUGGCCAGGAAGGACUUCCCCGGCCUGGCCGCCGUCAAGAUCGCAGAGGUGGACUGCACCGCCCAGCGCCACGUCUGCAGCCGCUACGAGGUACGUGGCUACCCCACGCUGCUGCUCUUCCGCGGGGGCCAGAAGGUCGGCGAGCACAGCGGGGGCCGGGACCUGGAGUCGCUGCACAGCUUCGUGCUGGGCCAGGCCAGGGACGAGCUCUAGGCGCCCCGGGGCCCCAGACAGCGGCCGCGCGCCCACGGGCUGAGCACGGUGUCACCCUGCGCCCGGCAGGCUCCCCGCCUCGUCUCCAGUAAACUGCACCCGCGACCCUGACCCUGUCUGCAGUGCGGCCCUGCGCCCCUCCUCCUGCCCCCCGAAACCCAAGGGCUUGCUCUGGGGCCCCGUCAGGUCAAGCGGGCCUGGGGUCGUCCUUGAUGUCGGUCACAAAAGGGCGGGUCCCUGAGCAGAGGCACAUGUGCCCCGCGCAGCUGCGCCAGCGUCUCGGCUGCAAGAGCGGGGCCCCCGCUGUCCCGGGCGUCACGCCUGUCGGGUCAGCUGUGUCACCCCAUGAGCGCCAAGCCGGGCCCUCGUGCCCUCCAGCUGCCUGGCGUCUCUGGGCUGGGGUGACCUGCGAGGCCCGCAAGGCGUCCACUUGGGGUCCUGCCCUGGAGCCGACCUGGGGAGGGGCGGGAGGGGCGGGACGGGGGUCUGCGCCUCGGCCUUGUCAGUGCCUCCUUGGGCCUUGUGCGAAGAAGGGCCUCAAGUGGCCUCAAGGCCACAGCCGGCGGUCCGUGCUCGCUGCCGGCCCGCAGCGCCUCGGCCGAGAGGCAGUUGUGUCCUGAAGCGCAGGUCACGGGAGAGAAACGGGGUGGACUUGAAAGACCAUGGAGAGGUGAGCGAGCCCCAGCGUCCCGCCGUCCCAGAUGCUCCUCGCCGAGCUCGUGACCCGUGGCUGCGCGGCGCCGUCUGGGCCCCCAGGGGCUGGCGCGGGCUCCUCGGGGACCGCCUGCCCCUCCGGCCGGGGCAAGAGUGCCCCGCCACGAGUCACCUGUCAGCCGGACACGCCCCGCGGCCACGGCCGAUGGAAGAGACGCUGGCCCGGCUGUGCCAGGGGCGCCCGCCACCCCGCGGGGCCCCCCACUUCCCGAGUCCUGAGUUGCUACUUUCACCCUCCUGUCAGGCCGCCUGGGGCCCAAGUGUGACGCCCCGAGUCUCCCCCUGGGGUGGGGAGAAGGCCUGCUGUGAGUCAGGGGACCGGCCCCCUCCCCCCCGCGUGUUCCCUGCGCCGCGUGGCUGCGCGCACCCCAGUUCCCGGGCUCGGAGCGGCCAUGAGGGUGGGCGGAGCCGUGCUGGCCCAGACGGCGCCCACCUCUGCCUUAAGGGGAGCCUCGCUGCCACGUGGUGAUGCGUAUCCCCAGAACCCACCCCGGGGGCGCCCGCCUUGCAAGAAACGCACGCGGCCCGCGGCCUUGACUGUCCUUCCUGAAUAAACUCGGUACCAAAGCCUGGCGGCGCGUGUGGGCAGAUGCGGCGCCGAAGCUUCCAGCGGCCGCCCUGGGG